UGGGUUUAAGAGCAGAGUCAGAGUGUCGAUCAAAAAAGUUGUGCAAACAUGAAAAUGUGGCGUGACUUGAGUAUAACGACGUUACCGUCGCCCAUAAAUGCCUACGAGCAAUACAAGCCCAUCAAUGGGGGUCCGCCUCUGGUUGGGGGCGGCAAAUGGCAAAAUAUUCCGGGCACCCGGAGUUCUUAUUCGUUACCGCAUCCAGCACAUGUCCAAAGUAAUCAGCGAUGGCAGCAUUAUGGCGAACGUCCGAUUUCGCAUUCGCCCUCGUACCAACAUAUUCCGUCGUCGAUUCCGCCGAGCAAUGAUCGCGGCGGCGGCGUCAAUUUGCGAUCACGACCCGUGUCAAUGUACGACAUGCCGAUGCACACGAUGCACCAACCGCAUUCCUUUAGCAGCUUUACGCCGCAGCAACUGUUACCGCCGCCGCCGCCGCCUCCUUCGUCGAAUAACAAGCACUCGAGUCACAACAACAACAAUAAUGUGCAUAACAACAAUAAUAAUCAUAAUAACAACAACAACAACGCAAGUCACCAUAAUGGACAUUCCGCCAAAAAUGGCGGGCAUGGCGGCGGUUUGCAUCUGAGACAGAAACCAGGUGAAUUGAGAGUCGAUCCAGAAUUAAUUUUCACGAAACAAGAAAGGAUUGGCAAAGGUUCAUUUGGGGAGGUGUUCAAAGGUGUAGAUAAUAGGACCCAACAGAUUGUUGCCAUUAAAAUAAUCGAUCUGGAAGAGGCUGAAGAUGAAAUUGAGGAUAUCCAGCAAGAAAUUAUGGUGUUGUCACAAUGCGACUCGCCAUUUGUCACGAAAUAUUUCGGAUCGUACCUCAAGGGAACAAAGCUAUGGAUCAUCAUGGAAUAUUUGGGAGGCGGUUCCGCGUUGGACUUGAUGAAGGCGGGUCUCUUCGAGGAAAUGCACAUUGCGAUAAUUCUGCGGGAAGUGCUCAAGGGCCUGGACUAUCUGCAUUCGGAACGCAAGUUACACAGAGACAUAAAGGCUGCGAAUGUGCUGUUGAGUGAGAUGGGCGACGUAAAGUUGGCGGAUUUCGGUGUGGCGGGUCAGCUGACGAAUACGACGUCGAAACGGAACACCUUUGUGGGCACGCCCUUUUGGAUGGCACCGGAAGUGAUAAAACAGAGCAUGUACGACUCGAAGGCGGAUAUUUGGUCGCUUGGCAUCACGGCAAUUGAGCUGGCGAAGGGCGAACCGCCGAACAGUGAAUUGCAUCCGAUGCGCGUUUUGUUCUUGAUUCCGAAAAAUAAUCCGCCACAGCUGACGGGAAGCUAUUCGAAGCCGUUCAAGGAUUUUGUGGAGGCUUGUUUGAACAAAGAACCUGAAAAUAGACCAACUGCUAAAGAACUACUUAAGUACGCCUUCAUCAAAAAAGCAAAGAAAAAUGCGUAUCUGGUUGACUUGAUCGACCGUUACAAGAAAUGGAAGCUGCAAAAAGGAGAGGAGAGUGAAACAGAGUCUGAGAACUCGGAUUCUGAGGAAUCCAAACCAGAUAGUGAUGCCGAUGAUCCAUGGAAUAUGACUGUCAAGGGACUGAAUUACAAUAAUUACACGAAUAAGAACAACAUCGCGUCAGCUUCUGUCACAACGACGACGACGAUGAGCAGCAAUAUCACCAACAACAGUCAAACGGUGACAGUUGACGAUGAUGCGUUGCUUAUGAGUACGUCGCCAAAACAUAAUGGAGCUGCCUCCGGGCAACGUGACUCUAACUUGAAUCAUUAUAAAAUCAAUCAGUCACGCCCAUCCUCGAUGCUGUCAACGUCGCCCCCAAGUGCGGCACUGUCAACAACGACGCCGACAUUACAAACAAUACCAGCGCCAGUAGUGCCACAAUCCUUUAACGCUUCCAACAGUCAACAUCAGCAACAGUCCUCCGGAUCGGCGGUAGCGACGGACAAUCGUCAAGGAACCUCUUUGCAUGUCGAGAGUGCCGCAUCCGCUUCGACUUCGAUGACAACGUCGGGUGUCGUCACAGCUUCAAGUCAAUUCGAGAUAAAUUCCACGUCGUCGUCGUCCUCGUCUCCGAGCAAAAGUGACGAAAGUUCGCGAGAACAUCGACGAAGCAUCGGCGACGGAGGCAAUAAGGGAUCGCCGACACAUCAUAACGGAAAUGCCACGACGACGACGUCACAAGCCAAUAAUAGUCAUCAAAUUAAUACGUCGUCAUCCGGAUCCGGAGCGUCAAAUUCCGCCACGAACUUAGGCAGCAGUAUUACAAAUAUCAGUCCAAGUCAUCGGGCAUCACACAGGACAAAUAGUGCAUCUUUGAAUCACAUUAUCUAUCCUUUGUUGGCAGAGAUGCAACGUAAAUACAUGUACGCAAGCAAGAGUCAACCCGGCAUGUCAUCGCCUCCAGCUGACAUGGUUGAGCUAAAGAACGCAUUUGAAAUUGCUGAACGCAGUAGUCCCGGUGUUAGUGAUCUAUUUGUUAAAGAAAUUCUCCAUAAAUUGGUUCCCGGUUUCUCAGAAACACGAGUUAAUACGCUUUUAGAUAAAGUUACGCGGGAUAAGUUGUGAGAAACGGGCGACCCGUUAUAUCCUGUUGUGAAAUGUGUUUGAUUAUAUUUUAUUAUAAAUAGUCAGUAAAAAAAAAAACUAAAAAAAAUGGAAAAUCCAUAAUCAAGUAAAUAGAGAUACUAGAAAAAUUUGAAGACAAAAAAAUAUUAUUUGUUAUUAUUAUAUUAUUAAAAAUAAAAAAUUAAAAGAAAAUAACAAGUUCGUUAACUCUUCAUGUAAAUUAACACUUUUCCUCUUCUGUUUUAGUGAUAUAUAAAUAUAUAUUUUGUAAUUUAAUUC